AUGACAAAACCGCGCACACGUCGUCAGUCUCGUCGACAUUCCGCCUAUUUCGACCCGGCAGAGGACGAUUCUUCCCCGCCGCCGACUGCAACGGGAAACAUUUCCAUCAACGAUAUGGCUGCAAUGAUGUCCACGUGGCAACGCAACCAAGAGGAAACAUUUGAGAAACUUCUGCACACAGUUCUCAAUCACUCGCAGCGGUCAUCGCCCCCGCCCGCUCAACCUGCACAUGGAAACUUCGCCGCGUGCAAGGCUCGCUACAGCGGAGCGCCGGACGAAUCACUUGACGGAUUUAUAGACGCCGUAGAGGCCUACAAAGAAUGUGCAAAUGUAAGCGAAACUAAUGCACUACGUGGGCUGUCAAUGUUGUUAACUCAUGAAGCCGCGACAUGGUGGCAAGGAGUUAAGUCCACCAUGAACAAGUGGGACCACGCCCUCACAUCCCUAAGAGGUGCGUUUGGUGAUAGCCGACCUCCACAUCGAAUAUACAAGGAGCUAUUCGCCAACCCACAACAAGCUAGUGAGAAAACAGAACUCUUCAUCUCUAAAACUCGAGCGCUACUAUCACGCCUGCCAAAGGACGAUCUGACAACCAAAGUACAGAUGGACAUGGUGUAUGGACUACUACAUAGUAAAAUACGCGAGCGUUUGAGAAGAGAGGAGAUUGAUACAUUCGACAAACUCCUCAGAAAGUCUAGAGAGAUAGAAGAAUCUUACGACGUGAGUCUAUCAACUAGUGGCCUUCAGAACAAACUGCGCCAGCGCCAGUUUCCGCCACCUUCUCGUCACGCCGCAAGCAUCGCCGCCGCCCAGAAGUCAACGACCGCGCCGCCACUACCACCGCAGAGCGCCCCCAAGGCGCCUGCGCCCGCCGCUGAGUCCAGCGCCCACGGCACCUACCGCCGUUCUCCUCGCUGCUCCGUGGUGUCGCCCUCACCGUCGUUUCUACAACCGCAUGGGUCUUCUACUCCGUUCGCAAACGCCAGACGUCGAUAUUGUUUCUAUUGCAAAAACUAUGGACAUACACGUGAUGAGUGUCGUAGGUUAACAGCUAAAGGCAAACAGGACAUUGAUAACACCGCCGACCCCGUCCCGUCAUGUUACGGAUGCAACGAGAGAGGUGUCACUCGAUCACAGUGUGCUAAAUGCAAUUCGGACUUCUCUGCGUGUGAACACGACCGUCCGAUAGGCGCGCUGAUGGGAAAUUACGGUACAUGGUACUCUACCACUGUUAUUAAAUCAUUUUGUGAUAAGGAUGAGUCCCAGGCGAGUUCCACUUCAUCUUAUAACAGUGUGUCACAUAAAGGUUUCCCCUCGAGCAUGUUAUCACUCCCCGAGUCCAGCUUUGAUCCAUUGAACCAUAAGUCGUUAUUGAUUUCCUACGUGAGGAAGAAAGAAGGAGUUAUGCUGCAUCCUGAAGAGAGACUGCUGUUGUCCGACCUCCUAAAACAGAACAAAGACCUGUUCGAACAAGGGGGAGGGCCAACUCCCUACGCAGAGCAUCACAUCGACACCGGCGAUAAUGCUCCUAUUGCCGUUCCACCGUAUAGGCUCACUCCAGCAAAAAAAGAGAUAAUGAAGGCAGAGUUGGAGAAAAUGUUAGCAGACGACGUGAUUGAAGAGUGUAAAUAUCACAGUUCGGACCUGACCCCCUUUACUCAAAAGUCGGAUAACAAGCAGACCACACCCGUUAUUCCAAAGAAAGGUAGGGGUAGGCCGCGUAUUAAACAGUCAGGUACCAAGUUGGGCCCGGGACGUGUUACCAACUUGGAGGGGGAGCCUAUAACGCAACGGAACUCUUUGGAACGCGCACUUGAAUCCCGUCAACGCGUCUCACGCGACGCGCCUCAAUCGAAUGUAAUUGGUCCACGACCGCGCCGUCAUCGCAAGCUCCCACCGCGCCUGCGCGAC